GACGGUACCGUUACUGUAAUAGUUUUAAACCAGUGAAGUUACUCUCCACAGAUCUUGUUACGCGUUAAAAUUUUACUAAACGUAAAAUCUAGCUUGAUGGGGUUUGUGUGAGCUGAUGUAAAGCCACACGAAGAGUCCAUGUAAAAAUUUCCUACGUAGCGGCAGAAAUGGAGGAGCAAGAUUCUUCAGAUGCCGAUGCUCUCUUAUUAAAUUUAGUUCUACAGUUACAGAAACUGCAUCUGAAAAAGAAUGAGAUGCAACAGCAAAUUCACAUUUACCAGGAAAAAAAUGCUGAAAAGAGGGAUCAAAUGGACAGGACCAAACAAAGUAUUGAGAAGAUUGAGAAGGAGUUUUGUCAUAGACAGAAAUCAGUGAUGCAUUACAAAGACAACAUUAAAAGCCUGAGGGGAACUAACAGCCUACUGCUCCAGUUUAGAUGUGCUCUUCAGGAGGAACUACAAAACAGAGAGGAGAACUACACCCAAGACAUGAGGAUGUAUGACACAAGAACUGAAACCUAUAGAAAGGUGUUUGAGCAACAAAAGAGUCAGUACUGCCAGAGUCUGCCUGCACUGAAACUUCUGAAAAUGCAAGAAGAAAAAGAACAUAUUGAACUCAGAAAACCAGCUCUGGAGGAAAAGAUUGCAGCAAAAGAAAGAGAACUACAAACCUUACAUGGCUCUAUCCCCUUCUCACCCCUAAGUAAUACUGCAUCAGAAAAUGGCAAUGAGGAGCAGACUUCCCCUCAGAAGUUUGCACAGCAAGCUGAAAAAACUCUGGAAAAGAAUCAGCGGGAGGGGUCAGGAAAUUGUCUUGUGUUAAAAGGAACUGAGAUUGUAGGUAAGACUGGUAGGAGCAGUGAAGAAGAUGAUGUGAGGAAGAUGCAAAAGAAUUACAAAGAGGAAUCUACAGGGAAUGAGGUUGUCGCCCCUCCAUCUACCAUGAGCCCAAACAGUAACCUGAUGGAUACUGGUACAGGAGGGUUGCAGGGAUGUGAAGAAGUACAGAGAGAGGAUAUCAAGACAGGAGCAGAUGAAAUGGCUAAGCAGGUUGCAAGGGAACAGGCAGCACACACUGCUGAAGAGGGUGAGCAAAGGGACACUUACCUACGGAUGCCACCACCCAGAAUGAAGGGUGUGUCAAGCACUCCAUCCUUCUCACUCAGUGGAAGUCCAAGUCAAUCUUCGCAUGCUUCAGCUUCCCCUAGUUUCAUGUUUGCUGCACAUUCUGUCCCUGACACACCUACAUUCUCUGGCUUUGAUUGCACAUUUCAUGUAGAGCCUACUGAAGAGGACAUCCCCUUUUAUUUUUCAAGCUCCUGUUUCACUGAUAAGAAACCUUCAGCUUGCAAAUCCACAGGGUUCCUGUUUGAGCAGGUGGGCAGUCGAUCAGAGGAUGAGCACGAUUUCCCCUUCUCCUCUGGGAGCCCCAGUCAGGGAGCUGUUAGCCCAGCUUUGGGUAUGAUGGAAGACAAUAUCCCUUUUUCUUUUACCUUUGGAAAGUUUCAGUAACUCACAAAUUUCAUAAAGAUAUUUCAGGGUACUUUAUGGUCACAUGUACACGUCAUAAGGCCUGUUUGGUAACUGGGUUUUGUGCAGAGAAUGUUGUGAACUUCUAAAGCUAUUGAUAAAGCUGUUAUAUACUACUGUAAUUCAUUUUAGUUUUUUUACUUAAAAAAGAUUUCAAAAUGAGCUGCCUUAAAAUCUUAUAUUGAUAGAUUAAUAAAGGUCAAUUUACUUAACAAUUGUAGUUUACUUACUUUCUAUUGUAGUUACAUUUUCAGCACAAUUAGAUGACUCAAAGGAGAAAAGCCAAAUAUAAAUAUUUCUAAUAAAUAUAAAUUGUGGAUGAUGUAAAAUUCUGAUGAUUUUCUAUAGAUUGAUCUUUUGCAAUAGUCCAUGUGACAUUCUAUAAAAAUAUCAGCUCAGAUGUGUCUUUGAAUAUGAAAGUUUUAUGUGUAUGUUCCACUUCACUCAAGAAAGUCACAAAUGUGCACAUGAUCGUUCAUGUAGUUUGGAAAAUAAAAAUGUAAACCAAAUCAAUAA